AUGGUUCACAAGAUCCUGUUCUGGGCCGGUUUCGGCAUUGCCACACGAUUCGUCCAACUCGGGAUAGAGAUGAGACCAUUCUUUCAACGCGGCACGUUAUGGGUUUACCCCUUGUUUGCGAGCAUUGGGGGUUCAUUUGGUUAUUGGUUGACGGGUGUGGAAGAUAGACAAGUCAAGCUCCUACAGCAGCGGAAAGAGAUUAUAAUUGAGAAGAGACGGCGGAGAGCGGAGCGCGAAGUGGCUGCUGCGAACGCGGACCCCGCCGAGACCGCAGGCGUUCUGGCAGCGACGAGUUAA